AUGAUUCCACCGUCACUGCCGCUGACGGUCGAGGAAGCCGACGAAAAUGUAGUAUAUAUGUGCUUUGAGGACCAUGUUGCCGCCGAUAAUGCUACAUUUGGCGCCAUUCGCAACCUGUCAUGCGGUCGGCGAGAUGAUGUCCAAUUCUGCGAUGAAGUCUCCUUGACGACAUCAGACGCUGUGGAUAUAGACGAAAGCGACUUUCUAGUUGAAUCUUCAAGUGAGGCAUCCACUGGUGAUCCGGCUGAAAGGAAACCGCAUGUCUCGACUCCAGUAAGAAAUCACCGAAGCGGGACUGACACCCAGCACUCCAGUAAGAGUGGCAGGACACCUGAAAGGGCCACUGCUCCGCCAGUUGGCAGACCAGAUGGUGAAAGCGGCGCAGACGCAACAGGAACGAGCCCCUCCAAAUCGCAACGACGUGAGACUGUCACCCCAACCAGGCAGACCACAACACCUAGGAAAGCCGCUUCAACUGGCCGCACAAACUCGUCCCCCCAUGCACCACGUUUCCACACUGGUUACCAUGUGACCAGCCAAUUGUCGUCCGCCACAAGUGUUGCAUCCGAUGACACGCCGCUUCAACCUGCACCGAUAACACCCUCGAGGUCGGCGGCGCCCGGCGAUUCAGCCGCCACAUUGCUCGAAAAGGUCAUGUAUGAUGCCGGUGCAUAUACGGUCGACAGUAUUGAUUCAGAGUUCCAGCAGUCCUAUACCCCGGCUCCGGCGGCUGUAAUGGGCUUCGGUAGCAUGGUUACCCCCGCUCGCAACGAGCUGAACAUGUUCACCGCACUGUCGCAACUGGGUGACGUAGAAGGUCUAGUGGCGUUCGAGAAGACCAUGUAUCAAACAUGCGUGCUCCGUUCACGUGCUUUCGACGUGGCGUGGUCAAAGUUCAUGCAGCGCAUCAACGAUAUCAUCCGCAUAUCGGUUCAGGAGGGGAUGGGCGUUAUUCUAGAGCUUCUCGAGCGGAACGCAGUGUCUGACACGAUGCUGCCUAUAAUACUUGUCGACUUGGGAGUAGUCAGCAGCGACCAGAGGAUUGUGCUGGACAAGUUGUUCACCUCCUUGUCAUCAUCUGGGGACAAGAAGCAUGUGUUCGUCAAGGUUAACAUAAUGGGAAACGUACAAGCGUCGCUCGAGAGUAUAUACACGUCAUUGAAGGGUCUCAUGCCCAAUAACAGAAAAAAUUCGGUCGAGGCGCAGCCACUGGAUAUUAGCGUGCGCAAAUCGAUCAUGGAGCAGAUCGUCGACCUUUUCAAGACGUACUUCCGAUCGCGGAAUCUGGUCCUUAUCAUAGAGAAAAUUACGAACAACUUGAACGAAUUGUUGUUCAUUUUCGAGAAGUUCAAGAGUUGCGAGGGCGUGGCGAUCAGCUGCAUCUUGUGCUCCAACUGCUGGGAGACGAACUUGGAGCACCACAUCUCGCCGAGGGUGUACUCCGGACUCUCCAUCGUCAACUGCGACGUGGUAUCGGUGAAUAAACUGUCGGAUGAUCUGCUGAACGUCUUGCUGUUCGAUUCGGAAAUCCAGUGUUUCAUUCCCCAUAUGCACAUGUUGCAGCAGUCUUGGAAUAUGCUCUACAACGAAGAAAUGUCCGUCAGCGCGCUGAUCAAGCGUAUCUACAGCAUGUAUGACUCAUUUUUCAGGAACUCGCAAUUCAGCUUCGUCUGUAUGCCCGAUAUUGUCGACAUGCGCUCUGCGGUACACGUGUCUAACAAUGAGCCAUAUUUUGAGGUGUACAGAAAUGAAAAGAUGGCACGGGAUUUGUUCAUCAAAUUGGGGUUGCUGUUCUGUGGCUGCAAUCUCUCCGAAUCUCACGUGGCGUACCUCCAGGUGAUCCUGGAUAAACAGGCGUCGAUGGAAGCCUUCUGUCUGCAGGUGAUGCCCUACGAAUCCAUGAAGCUCAUUGAGCGCCGGUUGUCACUGCAGCUUGGUAUUUAUUUACUAAACACGCUAAUGGGCCUGCUGCCCGAUUGCGACCGGGCGAGGAGCCGUCUUGGUAUGUUGGUCAAGAUACUGUGCAGCGAGCACGCCGCCAUACGGAUUAAUGACCUCAUCAAGCGCAUCUCAAGAGUAAUUAGGGCAAAGCAGGACCAGAGUCUAGCUGAUCUAAUCGCAACGAUGAAAGACUUGGGUAUACACUUUUUGACUUUCUACCCUGCAGCCGAGUCGAUUUCGCGAUUCUUGGGAACGCCUCCAAAAUACGACCUUGUGGAAGAAUACUUGGAUACAGUGCGCGCAGACUCUACCAGCACGACGGUGGCAACCUUCGUGGAGCACGCUCUUGGAAUGCUGAUGCUCCCAACUAUCCAGUCAUGCAGCAAGCUUGCUUACCAAAUGGUGGUGGCCAAAUUCACCCCGUUUAAAACUGAAUGGCACAUUCUGCGCGACAUAUUGGAGCAAAACGAGUGCACUGGAUUUGCGGAGGAUCUCAAGCAUCUGAUCCGGUCGUCUCGUACCCUUUCCACACGUGAGGUAAACGUGUGGGACCUGUUUUGCCUCUUCCACGCGAAAUUUGCGGCCGAUCCGAUUUCCAAAACAUUUGUCAGAUUCAGCAUGGCUUUGGAAACGGCAAUUCAUAUUUUGGGUUACUACGCAGUGUCGACCUCCAAGGUAGUGCAGCUCAUCUCCCCCGGUAUAGAGUCAUGCUCCUCCAGUUCUGUCAGGUUGGCGCACGUGAUCAAAGGACGUCUAUCGCGCUUCAAAGUGCGCCGCAUCCACAUGGGGAAGUGA